AUGUCCCCUGCCGUCAACCGCAAGCUGCCCAGAGCCAACCUGGAGCAGAAGAUCAUGAUCCUGGACCAGUUCCACGACUCCAAGCGUCCGCAGAGCGAGAUUGUCAACUACUACCGCAACCAGUUUGCCAUUUCCACGUCCAGUCUCUCGGAGUGGCUAAAGAACGAGGACGACCUGCGCCAGCGCUACCGCGAGACGCAGCAGGUUGACAGCGCCACCUCCAAGUCCCUGCGCACCUCCAAACGCAAGCUCUCGUUCAAAUACGAGCCGAUCAACAAGGCUAUGUACAAAGUGGUUGAGGAGCGGCUGGCCCAGAAUCUGCCCAUUUCUGAGCCGAUCUUGCGCGAGUACUGGGUCAAAUUCGCCAAGCAGUACGGCGUGACCGACCCCAAGCGGUUGCAGUCGUUCAGCCACGGCUGGCUGUCCACUUUCAAGAAGCGGCACGGUCUGAACAACAUGAUGGGCCGCGACGGGAGACGGCAGAACGGCUCGUCGGUGCCCGACCAGACGGCGACGUCGUCGGGCGUCGGGCCGGCCAGCACCACCUCUGAGUCGGAGCUCUCGAGCGUGAUGCCUGCGCCGGAAUACUCGUAUCCUAAUGCACCGCCACAGAGCUACGACCAUCAGCUCGCUCAGCCACAGCCGACGUUCAGCAACACGAGGCAGCAGCAGCAGAGCCGGCAGAACCAGGGAGACAACCAGGAGUACCUCAUGAUGGACUCGAACGGCGCACAGCAGCACGCCGCGCCACAUAACGUCCAGAGCGAGAGGUACCACCAGUACGACGUCAGCCACCUGCUGAACAAUCCCGGCUCUGACACCCCCUCGAGGUCGCUUGCUCCGCCGCAGAGCACUCCGGCGGCGCAGAAAAACCAGCUCUCGCACACGUCGACCCCUCACAACGGCUCAGUCAGCUCGCCCGUGGCGCAGUUCCAGGCCCAGGUGCAGGGAUAUCUUCCCGUGGACCACCGGUUCCCUGCCUUGACUCCCAGACAGACACGGCCAGAACCGGAGCAGGAUAUCACGGUGGAUAUCUCAGACAUGGAGAAGUUCAUUUUUGUCUACUCGGAGCGAUUUUUCCAGCAGUACGGCUACCAGUUUACCAAGUCGAAAGAAAUAUUCGACGCGUUCAAGACGAAAUUUAUGGAAGAAAAAUUAAUCUACAACUCCAACGGACUCAAGCCGGGGCAAGCGAUGGACGACUUCUUUCUACGCAGAAUGAGAUGA